AUGGAGAAGACAAGGGAUACAUUAUGUGGAAAUAAGUGUGUUGGAUCUCUUAUUGAAACGCUUUCAAAUAAACCAGGUCUUCGCCUUAAAGAAGAACUACUACUGCAGGCAAAAGAUUUCAUUCAACAAUAUUACAUAGCCAUAAAAAGUAAUGAUUCGAUAGAACACAAAGAAAGAUGGACAGAGGUGGAGAAUUCCAUUGUAAACACAGGCACAUACCAUCUAACAUUGAAAGAACUAAUUUUUGGUGCGAAACAGGCUUGGAGAAAUGCACCUCGAUGUAUAGGACGGAUACAAUGGUCCAACUUACAGAUUUUUGAUGCCCGUGAUGUAAGGACAGCUAGAGAAAUGUUUCACAGUAUCUGUCAUCACCUGAAAUAUGCAACCAACAAUGGUAAAAUAAGAUCAGCCAUAACUAUUUUUAAACAAAGAACUGAUGUGAAGCAUGAUUUUAGAGUAUGGAAUUCACAACUGAUAAUGUACGCUGGGUAUAGACAGUCAGAUGGUUCUAUCAUUGGCGAUCCUCUAAAUGUCGAUUUUACAUCUGUUUGCAUCGAAAUGGGAUGGAUAGGCAGGAACGGUUUGUUUGAUGUUCUUCCUCUAGUCCUGCAGGCAAAUGGAUGUGAUCCAGAAUGGUUUGAAAUACCUUCACAUUUGAUAAUGGAGGUUCAUAUUACUCAUCCAACUCAUCCCAGCCUUGCUGAUCUUGGUUUAAAAUGGUUUUGUGUGCCAGCUGUUUCUGGUAUGAAGUUUGAUUGUGGUGGGCUAGAAUUUACAGCUUCUCCAUUUAAUGGCUGGUAUAUGAGCACCGAGAUUGCUUGUAGGGACCUCUGUGAUAAACAACGAUACAAUCUAGUAGAGAAAAUAGCACAAAAUCUAGGAAUGAACACACGCCAUAACGCGUCAUUAUGGAAAGACAGAGCAGUAAUUGAGAUAAAUGUUGCAGUUCUUCAUAGUUUUCAGUCGAUUGGUGCUACUAUAGUUGAUCAUCAUUCAGCUUCCGAUUCGUUCAUUGUCUUUAUGCAAAAUGAGUACAAACAACGAGGGGGUUGUCCUGCUGACUGGGUAUGGAUAGUUCCUCCACUGAGUGGCAGUUUAACGCCAGUGUUUCAUCAAGAAAUGGUUAUGUUCAAACUCAAACCGUCAUAUGAAUAUCAGGAAGAAGUAUGGAGAACAUAUGUUUGGAAAAAGGACAGAUCAAAGAGACCUAAAUCGCAUAAAACUAAACUAAGUUUUAAAUGCAUUUCAAGCGUUAUAUUUUUAUGGACAAGUUUAAUGAGGAAAGUAUUAUCCCAGCGUAUUAAAUGCACAAUUCUGUAUGCAACAGAGACAGGAAGAUCGGAAAGAUAUGCAAAUACACUGCACAAAAUAUUCAGACAAGCAUUCAAUUCACAGGUGUUGAAUAUGGACAGUUACAAUUUGAGGGAUCUGCGACAAGAACAACUUAUAUUGUUUGUAACAAGCACAUUUGGGAAUGGCGAUCCACCAGAAAAUGGCAAGGUAACUGUUAAAAACAUUUAUGGAAUUUUGCUUCUUAAUUUUACAUCAAUUAUUCCAAAUGAGCACGUCAAUACAAACAACAUGAAGGGCAACAAAAAUAGUGUUUUAAAUUACUUGAAAUUCUCCGUUUUUGGACUUGGGUCUAGUGCUUACCCAAAUUUUUGUGCAUUUAGUCAAUUAAUUGACAAAACAAUGGAGACAUUAGGAGCGACCAGGAUUUAUAGUAUUGGAGAGGGAGAUGAAAUGUGCGGUCAAGAAGAAUCAUUCAAAAAUUGGGCUAAAAAGGUUUAUCAGGUUGCCUGUAGUUUUGUUGGUAACAAAGUUGGGUUAAAUGAUGCAUCCGAUGUACUCGAAAAGUCGGAUAUGAUCUGGCGUCCGGAAACAUUCCGUGUGAUACAAGUACCUACAGAAAACCGUCUUUCUCUUGUUGAAGAUAUAAGUGCCAACAUCGAUAGCAUGAGGUAUAGUCCUGGAGAUCACCUAUUGUUGUUUCCAAACAAUAUUCCAGCGCUUGUCAGUGGCAUAAUUGACCGUAACCAUGAUUCGUGGAAUGACUGGGGUCGAUAUCCACCAUGUACUUUGACAGAUAUGCUAACAAGAUAUCUUGACAUUUCAACUCCUCCAUCACAGGAACUUCUUAAUAUUCUGUCAAGUCAAGCGAUAAAAAUGGAGGAGAAAUUCCAAAUCAAACGUCUAGUUAAUAAUACCAGAAUAUAUGAUGAAUGGAAAAACUAUGGGAUGCCAACGUUACUAGAUGUUCUGAAACAAUUUCCCUCAAUACAAUUGACACCAGCCUUCCUAAUAUCACAGCUUCCGCUUCUUUUACCACGAUAUUACAGUAUUAGUUCGUCAUUAGACGCAGCUCCAGGCGAGAUGCAUCUAACUGCUGAUGUUCUUGAAUAUCAAACAUCAGAUGGCAAUAAACAUCAAGGUGUUUGUAGUAACUGGCUUAAUAAUUUAGUUAUCGGAGAAGAAAUCUACUGUAAUGUCAGAAAAGCACCAUUGUUUCAUCUGCCAAAUGAUCAGUCUGUUCCGAUCAUUAUGGUCGGUCCUGGUACAGGAAUUGCACCCUUUAGGGGCUUUUGGAUGCAACGUAGAAUAGAUGUAGAACAUGAACUAACAUCUAGACGUAUGUACUAA